UAACCGCAUCGUAUCUUUCAAUCUGUCCGAUAUACACAUCUCUCUCUCCCCCCAAGAAGUGAGUUGUGUGAGUGAAGCUUCAUUUUCGUCGCACGAAAAGCUCCGGCGCAACCGACCAAUCAGCCGCCAGCCAAACCAAUCGCUCGUUCCUUGCCGACGAACCUCAAAAUCCUCAGCUCAUAACCUACCGUCACCUCCCAUCCAUCAAUUGCCUACACCACACCGCCGCUCACCAUGGCCUCUCUCACCUCCACCUCUCGCACGCUGCUGCGCGCUCUGCCACGCACCUCUCUGUCCUCUCUCCCCGUUCGCGCCCUCUCCACCUCGUCCAGCAAAUGCGGACCCGGCGCGGCGGACACCAGCUCUUUCGACUCGCCCUUCCGCGGCUUUGGCGGCAGCAAGACCGCCAAGAUCCCCGAUUUCAGCCAUUACAAGAGCAACAAGAGCCAGACCAGCAACCAGAUGUUCCAGUACUUCAUGGUCGGCACAAUGGGUGCUCUCACAGCCGCGGGUGCCAAGAACACCGUUCAAGACUUCCUGGUGAACAUGUCCGCCUCUGCGGAUGUUUUGGCCAUGGCCAAGGUCGAGGUUGACCUGUCGGCCAUUCCCGAGGGCAAGAACGUCAUUAUCAAAUGGCGAGGCAAGCCAGUCUUCAUCCGCCACCGAACCCCCGAUGAAAUCAAGGAGGCCGAGAGCGUCAAGGUCGAGUCGUUGCGGGAUCCUCAAAAGGAUGAGGACCGUGUCAAGAAGCCUGAAUGGUUGGUCAUGAUCGGUGUCUGCACACACUUGGGAUGCGUACCCAUCGGCGAAGCCGGCGACUUCGGAGGAUGGUUCUGCCCCUGCCACGGUUCUCACUACGAUAUUUCCGGACGUAUACGAAAGGGACCCGCGCCUCUUAACCUCGAGAUCCCAGAAUACGACUUCCCUGAAGAGACGUCGCUGGUUAUUGGUUAA